CCUGAGUUAGGUGUGGCUGGAGAGACUCGAGAUGCGAGGUGGGCGGGGGCAGGCUGAAAGUUGGAGCAAGCAGGAAGUGAGCCGAGGGCCACCCUAGGAGGAAGCCGACUAGGCGAAUUCACCUGCUGACCGGCCUGAGCUGCUCUGAGACAUGGAGGAAGCCAGUGAAGGUGGAGGAAAUGAUCGCGUAAGGAACCUGCAGAGUGAGGUGGAGGGAGUUAAGAAUAUUAUGACCCAGAAUGUGGAGCGGAUCCUGGCCCGAGGGGAAAACUUGGAGCAUCUCCGCAACAAGACAGAGGAUCUGGAAGCCACAUCUGAGCACUUCAAGACGACAUCGCAGAAGGUGGCUCGGAAGUUCUGGUGGAAGAACGUGAAGAUGAUUGUCCUUAUCUGCGUGAUUGUUUUCAUCAUCAUCCUCUUCAUUGUGCUGUUUGCCACUGGUGCUUUCUCCUAAGUAACAGGGAACCUCUCCCACCUGCCCUUCUCUUCCGGGACAACCCUCCAUAAAUGAGUGCCAAGGGGGGUCUCCUUUCCUGCCCUCCUCUACAGAGAAUGCUGCUCAGUUCUCCUGCCCCUCUUCCCAAGGUCCUGCUGCCAUGUUGUAUGCCCCAGAGGGCACCUUGGUCCCCUGGAAGGAGAGGGAAAAAGAGAGCUGGACUGUGGCUGCAUUUCACAGGUCCUUAGAGUGGGUUGGAGAGACCUAGAGGGCCCAGCAUGUGGCUGGGAAACUAUUGGUGGCCAGUGGGCAAUAAAGACCUUUCAGUGUCCCUA